AUUCCUGGCUUUGCGGCCCGGGGCGGAGGGACGCCCGGGCUGAGUGCGGUCCCCGCUGGGCGCGGGGUCGGGGCUGGCGGGAGCUGGGAGCGGGGCCGCGGAGGACCCAGGAAGGCAGUCGGUGGGAAGCCCAGCCUGGGUCCCCGGGAGCAGCAGGAAGGAGAUGCGGCUGCUGUUGACCCUGUUGGGAGUCCUGCUUGGGGUGCUCAGGGCUCCAGCUUUGUCCCUUGAGGCCUCUGAGGAAAUGGAGCUGGAGCCCUGCCUGGCCCCCAGCCCAGAGCAGCAAGAGCAGGAGCUGACUGUGGCCCUUGGGCAGCCUGUACGGUUAUGCUGUGGGCGGGCUGAGCGUAGUGGCCACUGGUACAAGGAGGGCAGUCGCCUGGCACCUGCCGGCCGAGUACGAGGCUGGAGGGGCCGCUUGGAGAUCGCCAGCUCCCUACUGGAGGAUGCUGGCCACUACCUCUGCCUGGCACGAGGCUCCAUGCUUGUCCUGCACAACGUCACCUUGGUUGUGGAUGACUCCUUGACCUCCAGCAAUGGUGAUGAGGACCCCAAGGCCCACAGGGGCCCCUCGAAUGGGCAUGUGUACCCCCAGCAAGCACCGUACUGGACACACCCUCAACGCAUGGAGAAGAAACUUCAUGCAGUGCCUGCUGGGAACACCGUCAAGUUCCGCUGCCCGGCUGCAGGCAACCCCACGCCCACCAUCCGCUGGCUCAAGGAUGGACAGGACUUCCACGGGGAACAUCGCAUUGGAGGCAUUCGGCUGCGCCACCAGCACUGGAGCCUGGUGAUGGAAAGCGUGGUGCCCUCGGACCGUGGCACGUACACCUGCCUCGUGGAGAACUCUAUGGGCAGCAUCCGCUACAGCUAUCUGCUGGACGUGCUGGAGCGGUCCCCACACCGGCCCAUCCUGCAGGCAGGGCUCCCGGCCAACACCACAGCUGUGGCGGGCAGUGACGUGGAGCUGCUGUGCAAGGUGUACAGCGACGCCCAGCCCCACAUCCAGUGGCUGAAGCACAUCGUCAUCAAUGGCAGCAGCUUCGGUGCUGACGGCUUCCCCUAUGUGCAAGUCCUGAAGACAGCAGACAUCAAUAGCUCAGAGGUAGAGGUCCUGUACCUUCGGAAUGUGUCGGCAGAGGAUGCAGGCGAGUACACCUGCCUGGCGGGCAACUCCAUCGGCCUCUCCUAUCAGUCGGCUUGGCUCACAGUGCUGCCAGAAGAGGACCUCACAUGGACAGCAGCAGCGCCCCAGGCCAGGUACACGGACAUCAUCCUGUACACGUCGGGCUCUCUGGCUUUGGUGGUGCUCCUGCUGCUGGCCGGGCUGUAUCGUGGGCAGGUGCUCCACAGCCGGCACCCCCGGCAGCCCGCAGCUGUGCAGAAGUUGUCCCGCUUCCCUCUGGCCCGACAGUUCUCCCUGGAGUCCGGCUCCUCAGCCAAGUCAAGCUCGUCACUGGUGAGGGGCGUCCGUCUCUCCUCCAGUGGCCCGCCCUUGCUCGCUGGCCUUGUGAGUCUAGACCUACCUCUCGACUCGCAGUGGGAGUUUCCCCGAGACAGGCUGCUGCUCGGGAAGCCACUGGGCGAGGGCUGCUUUGGGCAGGUGGUACGUGCGGAGGCCUUCGGCAUGGACCCUGCCCGGCCCGACCAGGCCAGCACUGUGGCCGUCAAGAUGCUCAAGGACAACGCCUCCGACAAGGACUUGGCAGACCUGGUCUCUGAGAUGGAGGUGAUGAAGUUGAUUGGCCGACACAAGAAUAUUAUCAACCUGCUGGGUGUCUGCACCCAGGAAGGGCCUCUGUACGUAAUUGUCGAGUGUGCCGCCAAGGGAAACCUGCGGGAGUUCCUGCGGGCCCGGCGCCCCCCAGGCCCGGACCUCAGCCCUGAUGGGCCACGGAGCAGUGAGGGGCCACUCUCCUUUCCCGCCCUGGUCUCCUGCGCCUAUCAGGUGGCCCGAGGCAUGCAGUACCUGGAGUCUCGGAAGUGCAUCCACCGGGACCUGGCUGCUCGCAACGUGCUGGUGACUGAAGACAAUGUAAUGAAGAUCGCUGACUUUGGGCUGGCGCGCGGCGUCCACCACAUUGACUACUACAAGAAAACCAGCAACGGUCGCCUGCCUGUCAAGUGGAUGGCACCUGAGGCCUUGUUUGACCGAGUCUACACACACCAGAGUGACGUGUGGUCGUUUGGGAUCCUGCUGUGGGAGAUCUUCACAUUCGGGGGCUCCCCAUACCCUGGCAUCCCAGUGGAGGAGCUCUUCUCAUUGCUGCGGGAGGGCCAUCGGAUGGACCGGCCCCCGAACUGCCCCCCAGAGCUGUAUGUCCUGAUGCGUGAGUGUUGGCACGCAGCGCCCUCUCAGAGGCCCACUUUCAAGCAGCUGGUGGAGGCGCUGGACAAGGUCCUGCUGGCCAUCUCUGAGGAGUACCUCGACCUCCGCCUGACCUUUGGACCCUACUCCCCUGCCAGUGUGGACGCCAGCAGCACCUGCUCCUCCAGCGACUCUGUCUUCAGCCAUGACCCCCUGCCACUGGGUUCCAGCUCUUUCCCCUUCCCCGGAGUGCAGACAUGAGCCGGGGCCUGAGGUUGUGCGCACAGGCUGGCUGGCUGGCGGCUUUGGGCCUCCUGGCUCAGCCGCACCCAGACAGUGCUUGACCUUGGCAGCCUCCGGCCCUGACCUCAGGGUGCUGUCCCAGAGCUCUGGUUCUGCUUUGGGGAGGUCCGUCCUUGGUGCCGAGGUCCCUGAUUGAGGCUUCCUGCUCUGGCGUCAGGUUCCCAAACCAGAGUUCAAGCCCACUCUCAAGGCCCUGCCCCUGCCCUUGGCGCCAUGGCCGAGUGUUCUAAAGGCCUGAGAGGCCGGGUUCUACUUGGCCUGCUGGGCCUUGGCACUUGGUCCUAUUCCAGGAGUUUGGCUGGACCUGGCUGCAGGGCUGUCCUAAGCCUCCGUGCUUCCCUACACCAGGAGAGGUCUUGGGCCUCUGGACCCGACUUCGCUAGGCCUCCCUUGCCACCCCUUUGCUGCUUGUCCCAGCAUCCUGGGAAGGAGCAUUGGCCCCUUGGCUCUUAGCUGACAGGCUGGAAGCCUGCUGAAAACACAGAAGCAAGUGGCCUUUUAUAAAUUAUUUUUUUGAAA